UCAAAUUCAAAAACCUUCUUGUUCAAUCAUGGUGGUUCAAUCACAGCUGGUGUUCGACCAUUUUGCUCCGAUCAAAUCCUGCAAACACACCGCCCUGUUCACCGGAAUUCCGGUGAUCGACCUUUCCGACCCAGAAGCCAAAACCCAUAUCGUCAAAGCCUGUGAAGAUUUCGGAUUCUUUAAGGUUGUCAACCAUGGCGUCUCCGACGACCUCAUCGGAGCUCUCGAAGCCCAAGCUUUGAAAUUCUUCCACCUCCCUCAAUCUGAGAAGGAAAAAGCAGGGCCAGCCGACCCAUUUGGAUAUGGCAGCAAGAGAAUUGGCCCAAACGGCGAUGUGGGUUGGAUCGAAUAUCUCCUCCUUAACACGAAUCAUGAACUCAUUUCUGAAAAAUCCCUCUUCAUUCUCCGUGAAAAUCCAGAGAUUUUCAGGUGUGCGGUGGAGGAGUAUAUUUUGGCAGUGAAAAAGAUGGCUUGUGAAGUGCUGGAAGCAAUGGCGGAAGGGCUGGGGAUAGAGAAACAUGAUUUGAGCAGGCUGUUGAAGGACGAGAGAAGUGACUGCUGUUUCAGGUUGAACCAUUAUCCGCCAUGCCCGGAGCUUGAAGCUUUGAGUGGCAGGAAUUUGAUUGGGUUUGGGGAACAUACAGACCCACAAAUAAUAUCUGUUCUGAGAUCCAAUAACACGACCGGACUCCAUAUUUGUUUGAGAGAUGGAAGCUGGGUUCCAGUCCCACCUGAUCAGAGGUCCUUUUUCAUCAAUGUUGGCGACUCAUUGCAGCUAGGGGGGUAUACGAGGCAAUGUGCAAGCAAGGACCAAACAGGGCGAUGUGCACAGUAAAGAAGCUGGGCCCCAAAGGAGGGUGGAUAGUGAGAUCCCACGUUGGGUGGGGAGGAGAAUGAGGAGGCUGAGUCUCGAAGGGGGUGGACAUGAGGCGGAAUGCCAGCAAGGACUAGACACCAUGUGAUGUGCUAGUAAAGAGGCUGAGCUUCAAAGAGGGUAGACACAAGGCGGUGCGCCAGCAAGGACGCUGGAUCACGAAAGGAAAGUGGAUUGCGAGAUCUCACAUUGGUUGGAGAGGAAAACGAAUAUGCUAAGAUGGCUUAGGCUGAUACGAUUCUUGUUCUUUCUUAUUCUUGGAUGGAUCAUAAUUCGAGUUGUAUUGGUGCAGGUGAUGACUAAUGGGAGGUUUAACAGUGUGAAGCACAAGGUUUUAGCUGACCCAACAAAACCAAGGUUUUCAAUGAUCUACUUUGGUGGG